AUGGCCAACGGGGUCGGCCACGGUGGCGAAGAUGACGAGGCGAUGGAAGCUGAUGGUUCACCACGGCACAGAGACGGUGUGGAAGACGAUGGUUUGCACGGCAACGACAGUGGAGCAUGGCUUGGAAGGAAGGAGGAGAUGGAGAGAAUCCGUGAAUCGCCACGUGAUCGAGCAUCCACACGCCUCGAAAGGUCUACAGAGUAUAAGAUACGAAAGAAAUCGAAGUCGUCGUCAACCCGCGAUGAAUCCAAUCCCCAUAUAAAAAAAAGAGCUUUCGAAUUUCAAACCACAGAGCAGCCGGCUGCACAGCUUGAGUCUCCAGCCUCUCCAAAUCUGAAACGAGAAACCUUUAGAGUCCAUUUCCAGUUGAGUAUGGUUUUUCAACAAGCAAUUCUUGCAAUAAUCACCACUAUCUCGAUCAUCUCUCUAGCAGAAGCUCAUGAUGCCGCGAAGUGCAACCAAUCAUGUGGAACUGGAAGAUCUGCCAAGCAUGUGAAUUUCCCAUUUGGAUUCUCCAGCCAUUGCGAAAUCCAGCUCAGCUGCGCCAACAACUCCGAGAUCAGAAUCGGGGAAUUUCGAGUCCUGAACUUGACCGCAUAUAGCAUAAUCAUCGACCUCCCAGCGAAAUGCUACCGCCCAGUCGCUUCGAUCAAGUCUCUUUUUAGCAAAAAUUAUGCACCCACUUGGACAAAUGGCUUUCUAUUCCAGGAAUGCAAAGGCCCUUUGAGUGGAUGCCUCGUGCCGGCAAGUUUUGUGAAAAACCCAUUCGAGAACGUGAGCUGCCGAGGAGAAAACAUAACGUGUUACUCGAAAGAGAGUAAGGAGGGGGUUGAUUUGAUUGCAUAUGAGAAAUUGAAUAGUAUAGGUUGUAAGUUCUUGUUCUCUUCCAUUGCUGCUGUUGACCCGGAGAAGAACUCCCUCAAGGUUCAAGCUCUGGAGUUGGGAUGGUGGCUCAAUGGGUCAUGUAAUUGCUCAGAUAAUGCGACUUGCAAGAAUGUUUCUCUUGCUAAUGGUGGUUCAGGGUUCAGGUGUGAGUGUGAUCCUGGUUUUGAUGGUGAUGGCUUCGUCCACGGUGAAGGUUGCCGGAGAGCUUCAAGUUGUGGCAUUUCAAAGUACUUCUCCAGGGGCUGCGGAGGAAGUACAAGAGUCGGCAUACUCAUUGGAGGGCUUACUGCUGGAGCUUCCUUAAUGGUUGCUCUUGCUGUCAUCUGUUUCUUUGCACAUCGCCGGUCCACUGCUCUGCGGAACCGGAUGAGUGCGAAGCGCCUUCUCUGCGAAACAGCCGGCAACUCCAGUCUUCCCUUGUACCAGUACAAAGACAUCGCAAGAGCCACCGAUGGAUUCUCCGAGAGACAGAGGCUGGGUACCGGGGCCUACGGCACAGUCUAUGCCGGAAAGCUCCACAACGACGAAUUGGUCGCUAUUAAGAAGAUCCGGCACAGGGAUACGGAUAGCAUUGACCAAGUCAUGAAUGAAAUCAAGCUCCUAUCGUCCGUGAGUCAUCCCAAUCUUGUCCGUCUCUUGGGUUGCUGCAUUGAGCAGGGUGAACAGAUCCUUGUUUACGAGUACAUGCAAAACGGAACAUUGUCUCAGCAUUUACAAAGAGAGAGAGGGAAAGGACUUCCUUGGACGAUAAGGCUCACCAUCGCGGCCGAAACUGCUCGUGCCAUUGCCUAUCUCCAUUCAGCUGUGAACCCGCCCAUCUAUCAUAGAGACAUCAAGUCUAGCAACAUACUCUUGGAUUACCACUAUAGAUCCAAAGUAGCAGAUUUUGGCCUUUCCAGGCUCGGAAUGACGGAGACUGGGGAUUCCCACAUCUCCACUGCCCCACAAGGGACUCCGGGCUACCUCGAUCCUCAAUAUCAUCAAAAUUUCCAUCUUUCUGACAAGAGCGAUGUCUACAGUUUUGGGGUGGUCCUUGUGGAGAUCAUAACCGCACUAAAAGUGGUGGAUUUCUCCCGACCCCACAGCGAGGUGAACUUGGCUGCACUGGCUGUUGAUAGGAUAGGUAGAGGUUGCGUGGAUGAUAUCAUUGACCCGUUCCUCGACCCACAACGGGAUGCAUGGACGCUCUCCUCCAUUCAUAAGGUGGCCGAGCUGGCUUUUCGAUGCCUCGCGUUUCACAAGGACAUGAGGCCUUCCAUGAUAGAAGUUGCCGAGGAACUCGAGCAGAUAAGGCUCAGUGGGUGGGCGCCGCUAGAAGAGGACAUAUUCGCAGCGUCCUCGGUGGCAUCCUCUUGUUCCUCGCCGUAUAACGGGAGCGAGAGGUCCUUUGGUGGCAUGUCGACGAAGAGAGCGCCCGCGAGUCAACGUCUGGUUGGGACGCCUAGGGCGGCCGAUUCUCUGGGCUCGGUGGAGGAGUUGAAGGACUCUUCACCGGUGUCGAUUCAGGAAUCUUGGUUGAGCGAACAGAGCUCGCCUUCGACCACCAGCUUGCUAAGUAACGUGGUUCGAGAAUUUGGUGUCAAGGAGAGCCAUACGGGCAACUACAAGAAGACCCUUUCUGCCAUGGAAUGUUUAGAGCAAGGCGAAUUGCUGAGUAUAAUCCUGAGAAUGCCACCGUUGCACAAACUCAAGUGGUAUCUGAAGAUUAACAAGCCCCGGUCUUACUCUUCACCCCAUGGAAAAACCCUAAACCCUAAUCAAACAUCGUGCAUCUGCAGAUCGGUGGGCGUGUGCAAAGCAAGCGUCAUUCUCUUCUCCUUCCAGUCCCUGAUCGGCUCGAGAAGGAGGAAGAAGAUGCCUCCCAAAGCCAAAAGGCGCCGCCUUUCGUCGUCCUCUCGCCCUCGGACGUUCUCGCCCUUCGCUCGUUCCCUCGCUCUCGCCGCCUCCGCGAGCUCGAGGGGCAAGCAGGAUGAUGCCCACGAGUCCAAUUGCCGCACAGGCGCUCCUGAUAAUGGGUUUGGCAAGAAUGCUCAGAAAGAGAAGGUUAGACAGACCGAAUCCUCUGACGAGGAGAGCACGCAUUCCCAGUCUUCUGAUGGUGGUGGUGAUGAUGAUGAAAUUGAAGGGGUCGUUCAAGCUGAUUUUGCCUUUUUCGACCCGAAACCGAGCGAUUUUCAUGGGGUGAAGAUUCUGCUACAGAACUACCUUGGUGAUGAGGAAUGGGACUUGAGUGGCUUUGUAGACUUGAUAUUGGGACAGACAACAGUGGGGACUGUCGUUAAGAUAGAGGGUGCCGAAGAUGAUGGACUUUUCUCCGUUGUUUCCGCACUUAACCUGGACAGAUAUAAGGAUCAUAAAUGUAUUGUCGAGCUGAAGGAGUACCUCCUUAAAGUGUGCCCAGAGAACGAUGUGAUAAGCGAUCUCAGAGCACUUUUGAAGGAGCAAGCACAGCAUACUGGUCUUUUGGUAUCUCAGCACGUGAUGAAUUUUCCUCCCCAGCUUGUGCCACCUCUCUAUGAUGCACUCUUUGAUGAAGUCUCAUGGGCUACGGAAGAUGAGCCCACUGAGGAGCUUAGGAACUCUUUCAAGUUUAGUAAUUAUUUACUAGUGAGCAAAAUUUAUAAGCUAAAGAAUGGUUCCAAGAAAAGUAAACAAAACAGCAAUCGUGACAAAGAUGCAGAUAUUUUAUUCAGUAAGCUCGAAGAUGAAAUUUUUUAUAAGCUCAGCUCGUGGUCCUUCAGUUUUCCUUUGCAAGCUCCGCCAGUUACAAAUCAUGAGCUUAAGAAUUACCAGUUGACAGGGUUAGUCAUGGCAGUAAAAGCAGAGAAAGUUACGCAAUUCCGCGAAGAGUUGAAAUCUAUGAUUGAUGAGUCUUGAGACUGCGAAAAGAAUGGCAUUUUACAUCGUGGCAGGUUUCAUGAUCCAUCGUAUCUUAUCACAACUAAGAUGUCCAUAAGAUAUUAUAUACAUCGCAUGGGGAAAGAUGCAACUGGGCAUGACAAAUAUAUUCACUUUCUGCAAUCCAGAUGGAUAUGAAGGUUUUUCUCUCUUUGAGGUUGGACUCCCUUGUAACUUCAUCUCGCUUCUGUAUGCUUUUCACCUUUGGCUGAAUAUGUUUGCUUUUGCAAGUGCUUCACAAUGGCUUAUAGGCGACUCUUGGUUGAAGGUUAAUAUGGAAAAAUCUGCUCCUACAUCUACUUUUAGGCAGGCAAAGCAAUUUGACAA